AUGCCUCUGCCACGGAGCCCCGAUGUCUCCAGCUCGACGCUGGGGUGGUCAGGGUCACACGCACCCGCUCACCAUCCACUCGCCCCCCCUCCGCUCAGGGAGGUUGAGAGGUAUGGGAAGAGAUCGCUGCCGCCGGUACCGCUCCAGAGAGAUCCCAGGGUGUCUGCUUUCAGCAAGGAAGUGGACGAGGCCCUGGCCACUCCUGCGCCUGUGGUCAGUCCUGCCGAGGGUAGUAUUUAUCUCAUGUUUUGUGGUGACCCUACGGAUAACGGGCAGGCUGAAACUACCUCCAACACAGACAAAAUCGCAGAGAAGCACCAGAAGAAAGAGGGACUGAAGGUCAACACCGCGGGCGUUCCAGGAGCCGAGUCCGAGCUGCUCAGAUCCCCGCAGCCACAACACAAGCUGUCAAUCUCCAAAAUACAAAAGAUAUCGGGCGUUCAUGCGCCGACCUAUCGGGAGACAACUCCGACGGGGCACGACUCUGCAAAGAAGAUCCAGAGGGUCACAGGUAUUGGGGUCCUUUCGGAGACUAUCCAACAGCAGAAGCGAAUCCGAGAAGAGCACAAAAUCCAGUUACAUGGUGAAGAGGUGUCUCCCUUGAGCAACAACGGCAGCGACUAUGGGUCGGAGGAACCCAAGACGGCCGUCUCCGAGUUGGACGGCGAUGCGGAGGGGCACGGGAAGGGUUAUUUCUCGGGGUCGAGCUGGGGUUAUUUUGGCUCCGGCCAUCCCUACCGGCGUAGCACUGGAUCGACUGGCCUCCCAAGCCCGCUGCGUCUCAUAAGACCUUCAAGACCGAGCCGUAGCCCGGAAAAGGAACUGCCAGAACCCGCCAGAUACGGUGGAUAUUUACCACGGCCCGCUCUUUCGCCCUGGUUAGAGAGUGAACGGAUGAGCCCCGGAUGGAACACGCCCAGCGGCAAGUUCAGCCCGGAUCUUUACCACGAAACGAUAAAGGAAGUGGCAGAAGCAGGUACAAACUCACCCGAGGGAGAAAAUAGAAGCAGACGAGCAGAGCUUGCUGCUCAGCGGUUUCUCCAAGCAGACGGCACAGGCAGCGCCGGUAACCAUGGCAGUCCCAACCCCAAACCGCUUCCCCCUCUGCCACAUCAGCGGCGUCACCCUCACCAGCUGGGUCAUUUCCCAGACGCCCGCCCUACAGGCAGUUCCGAACGUAUCCAACCCGUGUGGCGGCCCUACAAUACCCAACAAGAGCUUCCCCGCGCACUCCCUAGCAAAUUCGACUUUGACUCCGACUCCGACUCGGACAGCAAACCAAACACCAUCGGCACCUCCGACACAGGCGGCUCCAUCCCAGCCUCCAUCACCAGCGACAUCAGCGACGGCAACCGCCACCGGCGCCCCCGCCAUCACCAUCACCAUCGCAGCAGCGGCAUCAUGGCCAAAGUCUUCCAUCGCACCUCCGCCACCUCCAUGACCACCGCACCAGGCAGCCCACCCCCCGUGCCAACCAACACCCCGCAACAACCCACCUUCCCCCAGGACACCCACCCCCACCACCACACCACCACCCAGGACGGAAUCCACCACUCCAACAACUCGCGCCCAAACCCAAACCCAAAUCCCACCCCCCAACCACUCCCCACAUCCACCUCCCAACCCCAGCCCGUAUCCACAUCCACAUCCUCCAACACAAACACCCGCGCCCUCAAACCAAAAUCCUCGCUCACCUCCCUCGCCGCACGGACGAACAACCUGGUCGGUGCCGCCGCCGAUUUCAUCCUGGCCAAGACGGCGGAGGAGAGGCGGCGGCAGCGGUUGAAGAACUAUAUAAGUGUUUUUGGGGUAUGGGGGGACAGGUUUUGUGUGGUGGGUGAUGGUGACUCGGAGAAUUCUUUUUUGAGAGUCGCGGUGUGUGGUGGUGGUGGUGGUGGUGGUGGGUUGGGUAACGGUAGUGGAGAGGGGGGUGGGGGGUUUAGGAGCCGGUUGGCGUCGGCGCCGGCUGUCCCUUCUGCUUCUUCUAUGCCCUCGGCGGCUGUGCUGGGUGUGGGUGGGAGGGGGAGGGCUGAUCGGGCUUCGGAGAAAUCCAAGGUUCUCUCAUAUCAUCCCCAACCCCUGACUUAUACAUACCAUACCGUACUGUAUCCCAAACGUCGGAUAUUACCGGCUCUGGUGUUACCAGAUACAGCAUGUACUUUACUUCACGGCUUCGGGCUGCUACCACCCCAACGUACCCCACAGCCCGGCCGAGGUUCCGGCGAGUGCCCCGCAUCCUGUACCCCAACUACUCCGUGCAGCCCUGUGACUUCCUUCCACAACCGGCCUUUGUUGGGUUUCCGAACGGGUAACUGCACUAAACCCCCAACCCGUGACCCAAACCACAGCAGCGCAUGCGCCCAAGACGAUGAGCACACCUCUCCCCACCGAGGAGCAACUGCCAGUGCCAGUGCAAGUCGGUUCGCCAGAACACCAAGAAGAAGUUCAGACGAUCAUCCAGAGUGUCCAAGACGCUCCGGCCUCCGACACCGCUCUUCCGCUGCCAGCCGAAUUAGACGGAGAAGCCGCCGAACCAAAUUGCCCGCCGCGAAGCCUGGGAAAGAGAUCGGCCUCCCGCUCGACGACAACAAGCUUCCCGCGCCCUUCCGCAUCGAACACCUCUGCUACCUGCCCAUGAACCUCGCGCGCACCGAGCUGUCGAGGGAUCCCUCAUCCCGCGCCUCGACGCCCAAGGAAGUAGCAGCGGUCUUCUCGGCCCCCUUCCACAACUUCCUGCGCGAGACCGACGAGGAGCCACGGCAGGAAACAACCAGCACCCGAAACACCGCCCGCCGGCCACCGGCCGCCGCUUGCCACCGGGGGAACUGGUUACGAGGGCAGCUGACGCCGUGGCACGACUCGCAGUGGCGCAUUCACUUCUUCUACGUCCCGUCACCGACCAGACGUGGGUCAAGCCGCGCGUGCGCGAGGGCGGGCUGGCGGCGCUGUCGAAGGGUGAGGGGGAUGGGGAGGGUGAUGAGCAGCAUGGUCCCUGGUGGUGGUGAUGGUGGUGGUGCUGGUGGUGGGGUGGGGGGUGGAGAUGGAAAGAAGAAGAAGAAAGGAGGCGAGCUAGAGCGGUACAAGGUGUGGGGCAUGACGGCGCGCAUGCUGGUGGACGCGGCGACGGUGGCGUAUGAUGAGAAGCCCGAGUUUGAGCAUAACCGGCACUUUGGGGAUGAGGGCAUCAUUGAGACGCUGGCGCGCAUGGGCCGGAUGGGGGAGAAGAAGAGGGCGGGGAGUGUGGUGUCGGCGGAGGACUGGAAGAGGGCGAGGGAGGCGGAGAAGGAGGCGAAGAGGAGGGAGGAGGAGGAGAAGGAGAAGGGUGAACCGAGUAAAAUGUAG